AUGGUAUUUGAAAGUGUAGUAGCAGAAGUGAUUGAUAGAUUUUUAGGAUCAUUUUUACAAGAAGUUGGUAAAAAACAAUUAAAGAUUGGUGUAUUAAAUGGAAAUGUAGUAUUGAAAAACAUAGAAGUUAAACCUGAAGCAUUCAAAGCCUUUGAUUUACCUCUAUCAAUUGAUAGAGGUAUAGUUGGUAAAUUAACAAUAAAAGUACCAUGGACAUCAUUAAAAUCAGAAUCAGUCGUAGUUCAUCUUCAAGAUAUUUAUAUUUUAGCAUCAUCAUCAUCAACAAAUGUUUCAUCAAAUUAUUCAAGUAGUGAUGAUGAUUCAUCUUAUCAUUCAGAUGAUGACAAUAGUAGUAGUAAUAAUAAUAAUAAUAAUAAUAAUGAUUCAUCAUCGUCAUCAUCAAAUACAACAUCAACUGCUUCACAAUUAUAUGACUCAUCAUCAGAGAAAUUUUUAAAAUUUUUAAAAUUAGAUAAAAAAAAACCGAAAAAAGAAAAUAGUAAUGGUGAUUUAAAAAGUACCAAUACUACAACCAAUAAUAAUGGCAUUAAUAAUAGUAACGAUAAAAAUAAAAAUAAUAAUAAUAUAGAUAGUCAAAACGAUAUAGAAUUCGAUGAAGAAUCAUUAAAUGAACUAAAUGUUGAAGUAAAUGGUAAAAAGAAAAAAGAUGGAUUUAAAGAGAAAUUAAUAACGAAAAUUAUAAAUAAUUUACAAGUUGUUAUUGAAAAAGUGCAUAUUAGAAUUGAAGAACGUAAAAAUAAUAGAAAUAUAGCAAUUGGAUUAUGUUUAGAUAAAUUAUUUGUACAAUCAACUGACGAAUCUUGGAACCCAAUUUUUAUUGACACUAUGCCAACUUCAACAACUUCAAGCAAUAACAACAACAACAACAACAACAACAAUACUACAUCAUCAUCAUCAUCGUCAUCAAUUUUAAAUAAAUUAGCUAAAUUAUCAGAUUUAUCAAUUUACAUAAAUCAUGAUCAAGAACCAAUGAAAAAUUUACCAACUAAAGAUUUAUGUCAAGCAUUAAGAGAUUCUAUACCAACUAGUAAAAAUACCCUAUCUCAUCAUAUGUUUUUAGAUCCACUAUCAGCGAAUCUUUGCUUAAAGUUACAUCAAUCAGCAGGUUCAAUUCAAAGUAUAAAUAAAAUUGAAAUUGAAUCAAUCAUUGAAGAAAUUGGAUUAUGUUUAGAACCACAGCAAUAUUCUUCACUUUUAAGUAUUUUAGAAAAUAUUAGUGAAUUUGUAAAUGAUAUUAAGGAAGAAAAAACUCAAAAUAAUAAAAGUGCAUUUGAAAGUAUUUUAAAAAAGAAUGCAACUAUAAAACUUAAUAAAAAAGAUGAUAAAAAAGAUGAUAAAAAAGAUGAUAUUAAUAGUAGUAGCAGUAGCAUUGGUAGUAGUAAUAGUAGUAAUAAUACACCAACUAAAGAUAAAAAUAAAGAGAAAGAGAAGGAUAAAGAAAAGGAAAAAGAAAAAGAAAAGAAAAAAGAAAAAGAAAAAUUAAAAUUAGAGGAAAAGAAAAAGAAAAAAGAAGAAAAAGGAAAGAGUAAAUCAAAAGACUCUAAAAAGAAUAAAAUUAAAGGUAUAGAAUUUGAAGUUGAACCACAACAAUUAAUAACGAAAUCCGAUUCAUCAGAUUCAUUACAAUCAUUAGAAAAACCUUCAAAAGAGUUAUUAAAACAACAAUUUUAUGAUACAAUUGGUUAUGUAUCACCAACAUCAAAUUCAACCACCACCAAUAAUAGUAAUAAUAAUUCAUCAUCGUCACCAAAUAUAUUAGCGACAUCACCAUCAAAUAAUUCAUUAUCACCAAUGUUAAUUUCUAAACCUAUACAACCAAAGAGAAUUGAAAAAGAAUUAAUAAUGAAUUUUCAAAUCAAAACUAUUCAUGUUAAAUUAUUAAGUGAUGAACCAGAGAAAGAAUUAAAUAAGCAAGCAACAUUAAUUUAUGGUGAUAUUAGUAAUAUAUCAUUUUCAUUAUAUAAGAAAGCAGAUGUAAUGAAUUUAGAUUCUUUAAUUAAAUCAAUUAAAUUAUCAGGUCUUUGGGUUCAAAAUGAACAAUUCCCCGAUAUGAUUUCAUCUUCAACAAUCUCUGAAAAUUGGUUAUCAUUUCAAAUGAAAAUGAGUCCAAUUUUAGAUAGUAGUAGUGGUGUUGGUGUUGGUGUUGGUGGAGGUGGUAGUGGUACAACAUCACCAUUACAAACAAUUAUUACAACCAAUGGUAAUGGUAGUGGUAGUAAAAAGAAACCUCAAUCAACACCAAAGAAUAUUACAAUUUUAAUUGAUGUUAAACCAAUGUUUUUCGUUUUAAAUAGUGCAGCAAUUUUAAGGUAUUUACAAUUAAUCACACCAAAUCAUACUAUAGAUUUAUCAGGUUUUAGUUCUGGUAAAAAAAGGCCACUCUCAAGAAAUAAAGUAACUUUAUCAAUUAUAGCUCAAUCACCAACUGUAAUCAUACCAAUUUCAUCUGCUGAAAAUUAUAAUAAUCAAUCAUCAUCAUCAUCAUCGUCAUCACAACCACCACCUCCAAAACCAACUGAAGAAACAUCAACAACAAAUAAACCAAAGAAACAACAAGGUAUUUCAUUUUCAGAGAAUACAGUUGCAAUUUUAGAUCUUGGUAAAAUUUCAUUAGAAAUGUUACCAUCUUCACCAAUUGGUGUUAAUGAUGGUAAUUUCUCACCAAGUUUACCAAUACCAUCAUCAUCAUCAAAUGUUGAAUAUCAAAAUUUUCAAAUUUCAACAAUGAAUAUUAAAUCAAUUUUAACUAAACCACCAACACUUACUGGUUCAACAACAACAUUGAAGUUUGGAAAACAUCAUCCAUCAUUUAAAGAGGAUAAUAAAAUUGAAACUUAUUGUAAUCAACGUACUGAAAUGGAUAAAAUACUAUUUGAAACUUCAUUAAUUGUACAUAUGAAAAAGAGAAAAUCUGAUCAACCAGAUUAUGAAAAUCCAAAAGUUAUAAUGAAUGUUAAUUUUCCAUUUGUUAGAUUUUAUUUCUCACCAUUUUCAUUUUAUCAAAUUCGUUUAUUCGUAUUUCAAUUAAUGUCUGAAAUUCAAAGAGUUGAAGAAGCUUUCAUUUCAUCAUUUCAAUUUAAAAUUAGAUCAAAUUCAACAACUUCACCAACUUUUAAUUCUUUAAAUAAUAAACCAUCAACUUUACAAAAUAAUCAUAUAGAUAUUGAAAAUGGUAAUAGUAGUAAUAAUAAUAAUACAGAUUCACCAUCAAAAUCUAAAAGACAAUGGCUAUCAACAUCAAAUUCAAAUUUAUCUACAAUGGUUAAUAAUUUAACAGAAUCAACAGGAAUAGGAAUAGGAAAAGAAAAUGAAAUUAUAAGAAAACGUGAAAUUGUAUUUUCAAGUCAUGUUGUAUUUGAUGAUAUAAAUAUAAUUGUUACAAAUUUAUUUAAUUUAUCAACUAUUGAUGUAGAACCAAUACUUCAUAUUAAAUCGGAUCAAUUGGUUAGUAAUUUAAAAGUUGAGAAAAGUAAUCAAAGAGAUACAACUGUAAUUGGUGAUUAUGCAUUCAAUGAUUGUAAUAUUUAUAAAUGUACAAAUGAAAAUCAAAGAGGAGGUACAAAUGGUCAUCCAUCAUAUACUGAUGAUGAUAUUGUCAUCUCUUCAAAUUUUAAUAAAUUUAAAUCUCCAAAAUAUUUUAAAAAUAAGAGAAAAGAAGAAAAUGAACAAAACGAAGGUAAUACUGAAGAUGAUGAACAAGAAGAAGAAGAACAAGAAAAGAAACCAAUUAUUUAUGGUACAAUUUUUCAUAAUAAACAACUUGUACCAACAUAUGAAAAAUUAUCAGAUAUUAAAAUUAAUUUAUCAACAUCUUAUUGUAAUUUAAUACCGCAAAUUACUGGUAAUAUAAUUGAAAUCAUUCAAAUGAUUGUCGUUGUGAAUAGAAAGGUAACUCAAUCAGUUCAACGUCAAUUAGAAGAACAAAGAAUGAGAAGACCACCAUCGAGAUUCACUGUGAAUAAAGUUUUAAUUUAUAUUUCUGUUAAAGGUAUAAAAUCAAUAUUAAUGUUACCAAAAUUAAUUAAUACUACAACAAAUACUGUGGCUACUCAACAAAACAAUCAACAAUAUAAAGAAGAAAUAAUUAGUAGAUUCGAUAUGAAAGAAGUUGAUCUUGAAAUCACUAAAUUACCAAACAGAUUAAUUUUAGAUUUCUUUGUAGACGGAUUUGAAUUAUAUGACCUUGUAAAUGAUUUCAAUACCAAUUUAUAUAACAAAGUUUUAUCAAAUUAUGAUGAUUCAAAUUUACUUUUAACUUUUAAAUAUGAACGUAUUAGUAAAAUUGCAUUGCCAUUAGUAUUAUUAGAUGCUGAUAUAAAUAGAUUUCAAAUUUCACUUUUACCAAACUUUUUAAAUGUUUUAAAAGAUUUCAUUUUAGAUUUAUUCCAAUUUAUACCUGGUUUAAUUAAACAGCAAAAGAAAACUAAUAAAGAAUUAACUACAACAACUACUAUUAAUGAUGGUAGUAAUAUGGAAAAAUAUAAAAAGAAAAAAGGUAUUAAAAUUAAUGCAAGAAUGGAAGCACCACUUUUAAUUAUACCAGAGAAUCAAUUAUCUAGGAAUCAAUUUAUUAUUGAUUUAGGUUUAUUAAAAAUUAAUAAUGAAUUCAUUUCAAAUCAAACUUUAUCAUUAUUUCAUUUUAAUUUAUCAAAUGUAAAUUUAAAAACUAUUCAAUUCAACAAUAAUAGAUUUAAAGAGAAUUUAGUUUUAAAUAAUUUAAGAUUAAAUGUUGAAAUGACAAGUAUUCUAGUUUGGAAAGAUAAUCAAAAUGGUAUUGGUGUAUUACCACCACCAAGAUUAGUAUUGGAUGUUAAUUUAUGUGAUGUGGUUUUUAAAAUUAAUCAAAAUGAUAUCAUGUUCUUAAUGGAUAGAGUUUCAAAUUUAAUGCUUAUUAUUAAUUCAACUAAAUCUGAAUUUUUAAAUUUAAAAAUUAAACAAGAACAACAACAAGAACAAGAACAACAACAAGAUGAAGAACUACAAAAAUCUAUAAAUAGUAAGCCACCAUCACCAAAAUUAUCAUUAAUGUCACCACUAAGAAAAUCAACAACUUCACCAUUUAAAAAGUUUAUUCCAUCUUCUCAACAACAACAGCAACAACAGCAACAACAACAACAACAACAAUCAAAUUCAAAUUUAAAUAGAUUAGUAAAUAAAUUACCAAAUCAACAAAUUAAUCAAGUGGAGGAGAUAUUACCAAUAGAAGAAGCACCAAUUAAUAAAUUGAAUUAUGGUGGUAGUAAUGGUAGAAUGAAAUUGAAAUUAAAUUUAAAAAUUGAUUCAGUUAGAUUCUAUAUUGAAGAGAUUGGUUCAUUAUUUUAUAUUAAAGAUACUAAAUUUAAAUCUGAUAUUGGGUUUGAUGGUUAUAAACAAAGUAUAAUAUCAAUUGGUAAAAUCUAUUUAUUCUUUAAUCAAUUACAUCAAUUAUCUUUUACAAUUCCAAUUGAUAAAAUUAUUCAAGAUCCAAAUCAAUAUGAACAGAUUUUAUCAUUAAAAGAUAAUUCUGUUAUAAAUACUUUAGAAGUUAAUUUUUCAACAUUAUCAAAUAAUAAUAAUGAUAAUAAUAAUGAUAAUAAUAAUAGUAAUAAUAGUAAUAAUAAUAAUAAUACUAGUAAUGGUAGUGGGAAUAGUUUAUUUAAACGUAUGCCAAUUCAAUCAAAAGAAAAUAUUCAUCCAUUCGAUUCAGAAUUAAAUUUAACUCUUAGACAAUUUCAAAUUACAGUUUCAUUGAAUUUCAUUUCAUCAAUUCUUGAAUUUGCUACACCUGUAAUUCAAAAAGUUUUAGAAUUUAAAAAGAAUAAAACAGCUACAUCAACACCAAAUAAUAAUGAAAUCAAUAGUUUAUCAAAUUCAUCAAUUAUUAGUGAUAUGACACCAUUAUCAUUAUCAACAUCUUCUUUAGAUAACACAUCUAUAUCAACUACAACAACAACAACAACAACAACAACAACAACAACAACAACAACAACAACAACAACAUCGACAGCAAAAAUACCAACUAUCUCAAUUGGAAGUAAUAGACGAUUGAAAAAACAAAAUUCAAUUGUAAUGCCAUUAAUUAAUGAUAAUAGUAAUAAAUCACCUACAUCCAAAUCAUCAUCAUCCAAAUCAUCAUCAUCCAAAUCAUCAAAAAAAGAACAGCAACAAGAAAAGAAAUCAAUUAAAGUUAAAUUAGUUAUAAAUGUUGAAAGUCCACAAAUCGUUUUAAUGUUAAAUGAGGAUGAUGCGAUUUUAAUUGAUUUAGGUAAAAUUCAUAUUGAGAAUUUAUUUUACUUUAAAACUAUUAAAGGUAUAGAUUUAAAUUAUGAAAGUAUGGAAAUUCAAUUAUCAAAUCUAUUCGUUGAAAUAUUUCAAUCAUCGAGUUAUGUUGGUAGUAGUUUCGAAGAGUUUAACCAAAAUCUACCAGAUGGUUGUGGUGAUGAUUCAUAUAGAAAUAAAUGUCAUCUAUUAGAAGAUGUUAGUUUGGUUGUUAAUAUUGAUAUAGUAGAUGAUUUUCAAUCAUAUUCAAAGAUUUGUUCAACAUCUAAUCAUUAUAAUAAUAAUAAUGCUCCAUUACCAAUUCAAAAAGUUAAUAUUCAUUGUAAAUCUGUUAGUUUUAAUAUUAGUCACCAAGGUUAUCAAUUAUUAUUAAAUAUUUUAAUUAAUUAUAUGAAUUGUUAUAAAAAUUCUUUAGAACCAAUUUUAUUAUUAAAAAAGAAUUUUAAUAAUAAUAAUAAUAAUAAUAAUAAUAAUAAUAAUAAUAAUAAUAAUAAUAAUAAUAAUAAUAAUAAUAAUACAAAUAUUAUUAAUAAUAGUUCAAAGAAAAAGAAAAAACAAAUUUUAAUUGAUGAAAAUGGUAAAGAAAUUGAUAUAAAAACAGAAAUAACAGUACAAUUAUCAGAAUUAAGAUUUUUAAUGUUAUUAAAUCAUGGUAUGGAUAAAGUUAGAGAUCAAUUAGCAACUUUACAAAUAAAUGAUUUAGGUGCAAAUAUAAUUUCCAUUGGUAAUAAAUCAACAUCAAUUAAAUGUUUCCUUAGAUCAAUUAGAUUAUCAGAUUCAAGAGUUGAUAGUGGUUCAAAGUUUAUUGAUUUAUUUUGUAGUAAAAAUAUUACAACAUUCCAAGGUCCACUAAAAGAUUCUUUAACAAAUAUUAACAUUAGUGGUAGUUUUAAUAACAGCAGCAACCAAGAAGAACCAUUAAUAACAGCUUCUAUUGAUAUCGAUAAACAAUUAAACAAAUUAACAUUAGAUGUUAAAAUUGAAAAACCACGUCUUCACAUUUCACCAACUAUAGUUUUCAUGAUGGUUGGUUUCUUUUUAGAACCUUAUUCAAAAGUUAAAUUAGAAAUUAAACAAUUAUUUAGUAAAACAAAUAAUAAUAAUAAUAAUAACAAUAAUAAUUAUAAUAAUACAAAUAGUAAUAAUAAUAAUAACCAGGAGGAAGAAGAAAAAGAUAGUAUAUCAACAAAGAAAAAGAAAAUUAUAAGUUUAAAAACAAAUAUUAAAAAAUUGAAGAUAUUAUUAGUAGAGAAUCCAAAUUCAGAAGUUAGUAAUUUAGUAAUUGUUAAAAUGUCAAUUGAUGCAUCAUUUGAUGAAACAAUGAAUGGCUCAAGUAGAAUUAUUGGUGGAUCGAUUAAAAACUUUCAAAUGUUUUCAUUUAGACAUUCAAUUGCAAAUGUUUCAAGUUCACGUGCUGCCUCUUUAAUUGAUCCAGUUACAUUUGAUUUUGGUUGUAAUUUAUUAUUGAUUAAAUCAACUUGUCCAUCAAUUGAAAAAUCAAAUCUUUUAAUUGAUGUAAACGCAAAUAUUGAUCAAUUUAAUUUAUUCCUUUCCUAUCAUGAUAUUUUAUUAAUUGCUUUAAUCAUUGGCCAAUUAAAAAAAGAAUUUCCAAAAUUAUCAAAAUCUUCAAAGAAAUCAACGACAACUACAACUACUUUAACUCAAAAGAAAUUAAAAAAUGAAAAAAUGAUAAAUAAUGUUUUAACAGUUAAAUUUAAUUCACCACAAUUUGGAUUAACAUUGGUUAAUGAUUAUAUGGAUCAAAAUUUACCAUUGAUUGAUUUAAGUUUCUAUAGAUUGGAUUUAUUAAUUCAAGGUACGAUUGGUGAUGAGAUUAAAGUUACCGUGGAUUCAAAGAUUGUAAUGGACUAUUUCAAUAUCAAUAAGAUGGCAUUUGAACCAUUGAUUGAAAAUUGGGAUAUACAAUUACAAAUGAUAAAAUUAAAUAAUCAAAAUAGUCCAAAUAAACCUGCAACUUCAAUUCAAUUAUCUUCAAAUCAAUUCUUGAAUAUUAAUGCAAGUUAUGGUUUCGCUCAUUCACUUUUAUCAACUUAUCAUAGUAUUCAAUAUGAUUUAUCUACAACUUUACCAAUUAUAAUGGGUUUAUUUAAAACUAAACCUGAAUUCUCAACUUUUCAAUUAUCAUCAUCACCAUCCCUGUCAUCAACUCAACAACCAACAAGAGUUUUCUCACCACCAACUAUAUCAACAAAUUUAGUUGGUGGUGGUGGUAGUGGUGGAUUUAAAAAAUCAAAUAGUAGUAGUCCAUUAAUAAGAUCAUCAACUAUUGAUUCUUUAAAUUUAGCUGUUAGUACUAGUAAUAAUCCAAAUGGUAGUGGUUAUAAUAAUAGUAAUAAUAAUAAUGGCGGUGGAUUAUCACCUGAUAUUAUUUUACCAAUUUCAAGUACAAAUAGAAUUAGAUCAGGUAGUUUAAGUCAAAAUCCAUUAGGUUCAGUUUCAACAUUAGUUACAUCACCAAAUUUAACAAGUAAUAGAUUAGGUUUUAAUACAUCUCCAUUAUUAUCACAACAACAAUUAAAACAACAACAACAACAACAACAACUUUUUAAUAACUCAACAUUAUUAAGACCAAUAAUUCAACCAUUGCCAGCAACUGUCAGAAGUUCACCAUUAUUACAAACUAUUUCAAUUAGAAAAUUAACAUCUUCUUUCCACCCAUAUUGGAUUAUUAAUAAAACUGGUGUAAAUUUAGAAUAUACUGUUAGAGUUUUAUCAGGAGAACAAAAAGGUAAAAAGAAAUCAACCUCUACAUCAACAUCACCAACAUUAUCUUCACAACCAUCAUCAUCGUCAUCGUCAUCAUCUCAAUAUACCCAUGCUAGCUUCUUUUUAGAGAAUGAACAAAAACAACCAAUUUCAAUUGAAAAUUCAAAAUCAUUAUUAACAGCAAAGAAAACUCGUGAUUUCCGUGGAUUUAAAGAUGAAUCAUUAGAUCAAGGACCUCAUAUUACUAUUAAAUUAUCAAAUCAUAAUAAGAAUGUUAAAAAUUUCGUUAAUAAUAGUGUAGUUAAUAGUAAUAGUAGUGGUUAUAAUUCAUCAUCACCAUCACCAUCUUCUUCUUCCUCACCAUCAUCAUCUUCAUCAAAUCCAAUACCAAUUGGUAGAGUUGGAUAUAGAUUAAUUCAAGUUGGUGGUAAAAAAUUAAUAUUUGAAGUUGGUUGGAAUGAAGAUGGUAGUAAAGUUAUUACAGUUAGAUCAAAUGUACUUUUAAAGAAUACUACAACAAUGAAUUUAGAAGUUAAACUUAUAAAUAAUCAAAUUAAUACAAGUAAUGGUGGUAGUUUAUCGUCAAAUAACAAUAAUACUCCAAAAGAAAUUAAAAAGAUUCUAUUCCCAAAUGAAGAAUUACCAGUACCACUUCAAUAUAUCAAUAGUGGUAAAUAUUUAUCGAUUUUGCCAAUUGGUGAUUCUGGUGAAGAAUUUAAACAUUCAAAUCCAUUUAAUGAUUUAAUUGCAUUAGAUGAUAAUGAUAUUCAUUCACUUUAUAAAAUUUUAACUUGUCCAAAAAUUAUACCAAAAUCACCUCAAAUUCAUAUGAAAAAUAAUAAUAAUAGUAAUGGUAAUAAUAAUAAUAUAACACCACCAACUUAUAAUAAUGUUAAAUUAAUCUUAUUAAAUAGUAAUUAUGAAAAAUGUGUUAUAAAUUCAACUGAUAAUAGUAGUGUAAAUGAUGAAAUUAAUACAGAACAAACUUUAGCAAAUUUAUUACCAAAUGAAAUUAAUUUAAGAAAUGAUAAAUCAAAAUUAUUAAGAUCAACAAUUUCAAAACUACCAACUUCACCUCAAACAUCAUCAUCAUCAUCACCACCACCAGCAACAACAACAACUUCUACUACAACAAAAAGAACAACAAUUAAUUCAACAAUGAGUUCAUUUAAUAAUAUUUAUUCACAAAAUAUUAUUAAAAUUUUAUCACCAUUAGUAAUUGAAAAUUUAUUACCAUGCAAGAUUGAAUUAACAUUAUAUGAAGGUGAUAUACCAUUAGAAUCUAGUACAUUGGAAUCAUGUCAAUCAGUGCCAUUCUAUACACAAGAUCCAAGAAGUUCACUCUAUGUAAAGAUCUCUGGUAUACCAGGAUUCGUUGAUCAAAAACAUCUAAUUGUUGAUUGUGAUAGAAACAAUGGUUCCAAUGGCAACAAACCAAUUAUAAAGAGUAAAAUUAAAUUAGAAGAUCCAAAUAAAAUUUUGAAACCAUUGAAUAUUAUGAUAUCAAAUCGUGAAGAUCAAGUCGAAGGUGUAAGAAAAUUAGCAUUAUACUCUGUCUACUGGAUCAUUAAUAAAACUGGUUUACCAAUGAUUUUUGAGAAACCAAAUUUCAUUCCAAUGUUAUUCGCUGAUAAGGAAUCUAAAAUACCACAAAUGAUUGCAAAAUCAAAGAAUUCCUUAAAAAUUGAACAAGGUAGAAAGAGUAAAAAACAACAACAACAACAUAGACAUAAUCAUUGUACCAUUGAUACAAUGAUUCUAUAUAGUAGUGACUUACUCUAUAUUAAAGUACCAAAUUCUGAUUGGUCAAAUGUUUUCUCUUUAGAAACUGUUGGUACUGAUGGUAUAAUUCAUUGUUUUUCAAAUACGAAUUCAAAUAAUUCUACAAAUCAUCAUCAAGACCCAUUUUAUUCAUCUACUUUUAAUAAUAGUAGUAAUGAUAAUAUAAAUAAUGGAAAUAGUAAUAACAAUACUAGUAACUCAUUAUCACCACCAUCAUCAUCAUCAUCAAUAAAUUUAAGUAAAUUAAAAUCAAAUAGUGAUAAUAGAGAAUAUAAUUUUAGAGCAUCAAUUAGUAUGGGUAAAAAUAAAUUACAACGUACAAAGAUGGUAACAAUUAAUUUCCAAUAUAUUUUCAUAAAUAAAAGUUCAAGAAGAAUGUUAUAUAGACAAAUUGGACAAUCCUAUAGAAUUGAAUCAAUUGAACCAGGUGAAUCAAAACCAUUCCAUUGGCCAAAUAGACAUGGUGAAAAAUUAAUUCAAAUUAAAUUUGAUGAUGAUUACUAUGAUUGGAGUGGUAGUUUUACAAUUGACGAUUUAGCAGAGUUAACUGUGAAACAAAGAUCCUUAAACCUAAUGGAAGUUCCAAAACCAUAUCUUGGUAGAGUCGAUAUUAAAGAUAAUGAUACUCAUACAAGUAUUCAUUUCUAUGAUCAAGAUACAGAAUAUUCACCAUUUAGAAUUGAAAAUCAAAUUCCACGUUCAAUUAAAUUCUAUCAAAUUGGUACUUCAAUCAUUGAUAUUUUACCACCAUAUCAAUCAAUUGAUUAUAUUUGGGAUGAAUUACUAGGUACAAAAAUUUUACGUCUUGAAAUUUCUUCAACAACAACCACCACAACCACAACAACAACAAAUUCAACUAAUGAUAUAAAUAAUGAUAAUAAUAAUAAUAAUAAUCAAUAUAUUGAAAAUCAUUCAACAUUUGAAUCAUCAUACUCUUCAUCAAGUGUAAUAUUAGAUUGUAAUAUUAUGAAAAUUAAAAAUUUUAAACCAAUUAAAAUAGGUACCAAUACAAUUUAUUCAUUUAUGAAAGUUGAUGGACCAACACGUGUAUUGGUAUUAUCUUAUGAUCAACCAAAGGAUGAUUCAUCAUCAGAGUUAUCACAAACUGUUGAAAAUUGUAAAUUGGAUUUACAAUUAUCAUUACCAAGAAUUGGUGUAUCCUUAAUUGACCAUAAUAGUAAAGAAUUGAUUUAUCUAUCAUUGAAUGAUAUAUCAUUAUCAUUCUCAUUAUCAAACAUUUUCUCAAGAUUUGAAUUGAUUGUAACCAAUAUGCAAAUUGAUAAUCAAUUGAUGAAUACUGAUUAUCCUGUCCUCUUUUAUCAUACAAAUAAUAGUAACAAUGAAGAACAAGAUCCAAAACCAUUCUUACAUUUUAGUUUUAUUAAAAAUGAAGAAAAGAAAGGUUUAAAAUAUUUUGAACUUUUAUCAUUAUUAAUUCAAGAGGUUAAUUUAAUGUUGGAUGAUAGUAUUUUAGCAUCAAUCAUUGAAACAAUUACAAAAAUUAAACAAUUAGAUAAAAACUUUAAAAAACAUAAAAAAAAUCAACAAUUACAACAAAAUCCACAACAACAACAACCACAACAACAAAAUAAUGAAAUUCAAAAUAAUCCAAUUAAUUCACCAUUUAUAUUAAAUGAUGAAAAAUCAAAAAUUCAACUUUUAAAUGAUAUUGAACCAAUUUCAAGUGAUCCAUUAUUAUUACCAACUUCAAAUUCAGCAAUUUCAUCAAAUAAUAAUAAUAAUAAUAAUAAUUUAACAAAGAAAAAGAAAAAGAAAUCAAUGAUUUAUAUUAAAUUAUUAUUAUUAAAUCCAAUUAAAGUUAUAUUAUCAUUUUCAUUUGUUAGAGAUGGAUUUGUUGGUCAUUCAAAUUCAGAUUUCGUUGGUAUUUUAUUAGAAGUUGUUGGUGUUUCAUUUGGUUUAGAUAGAACACCAUUAUGUUUGAAUGCAUUGAUAUUGGAGCAUCCAUUCUUAUCGGAACGUUUAUUUGCAAGUAGAAUUAAAUCACAUUAUACUAUGCAAUCAUUGAAUCAAUUAUACAAGGUGAUAGGUUCAUCAGAUAAUAUUGGUAACCCAGUUGGUUUAUUCAAUCAUAUUGGUACUGGUGUAAAAGAUUUCUUUUAUGAACCUGCAUUAGGUUUAAUAACUUCUCCAAAAGAUUUUGGCAAAGGUUUAGCAAAAGGUAGUAUUAGUUUAGUGAAAAAUUCAGUUUAUGGUUUAUUUAAUACUCUAUCGAAACUAUCAAACACCGUUGGUAAAGGUGUUGCAAUAUUAUCAUUCGAUGAUCAAUACCUUAGAAAUCGUCAAAGAUCACGUCAAAAGAAAGCAAAACAUUUAGGUGAAGGUGUGGUCUAUGGUUUCAAAAGUCUUGGUAAAGGUGUAAUCGAUGGUGUCACUGGCGUUGUAACCAAACCAAUCGAAGGUGCUAUCAAAGGUAGUAUUGAAGGUUUCGCCAAAGGUAUGGCGCAGGGUGUGGUUGGUGUUGCUGUCAAACCCGUAGUCGGUGUAUUCGAUUUGGUUACAAUGACCACCGAAGGAAUAAGAAAUACAACUAAUCUCUUUAAAGACACAACUAGAAUGAGACCACCACGUUGUUUUGGUACCGAUAAUCUUUUGGUUGAAUAUAAUUUCGAACAAUCAGAGGGUCACUACAUUUUGGAAACAACUUUCAAGGGUAGAUUCAAAAAUUCCGAUACCUAUAUCAUUCAUUUCAAUAAUGGUGGCGUAAAGAAUUAUAUCACUUUAAUAACAAAUCUUCGUAUUCUCCUUGUUAAACAAAUAAAGAAUAGCUACUCAUUCAGAUGGUCUUCAACUUUUGAGAAUAUUAAAUCUUGUGAAAUCACUCCAGACGGUUUACUAUUACACUUUGAACAUCUUCAAAGAAUUAAAUCUGUAGAUUAUAGAUCUCAACAUUGUAUUCAUAUCACAGAUCCUGAUCAAUUAUCUCAACUUUAUUUAAUUAUUAAAGAACAAAUUUUAAAAAUUAAAAAAUAA